UCACAUUGUUCGCGUCGUCUCUUUUCCGCCAUGGAUCCGCACUUCAGAAAUCCCUGUUGCCAAUCGCGAAGCAUUUUCUGUUUAUGGUGAUUUCCAAACGGAAAAUGUAUUUAUUUUAUGCCAUCGAUUACGUAAAUGAAGAGGAUGCUUGGUCAAGCUUGCUGCUGUCAGAGACGGAAUUAGCAAGAGAAAAGCUCGGCGUAAGCACGGAAUAUGUAGAGUUGUCAAGAGAAGAUGCUCGGAGAAAACUAGGGCCUGAGAAAGGUGAGCUUUGUCGUGUAGCUACUGGAGGGAACGGGAAUCGAUUGUCUUUAUAUUCCAGGAUGAAAUCAGCAGGUUUUUUGCCAAGAGUGGUGAAUCGGUUUUUCUCCUCUAUUGACGGAUUUCCGCGAGUUCUUUUCUGUCCAUUUGGCGCCCAUCCUUAUUAUGCCAAUUUGCCUCUUUCUUCUCUCAGCUUCUUGACUUUGUGGUGGAAUCGACAUUACAGGAAGUGGUACAGAAAGUGGUGCACGCACAACCGGGAAUUGAUCGAGGCAGCUUGGAAAUGUACAGUCAUCUCCAUUUGUUUCAAUCCAGAGAAUUUGGCAUCUAGAACUAGAUGGAAGCUGGACUCAGCUUUUUGCUUAUGUUCUCUCGCCACUACCAACAGGAGGACUAAACUAAAGAAACGAUGGACCCUGGAAAGCCAAUAGAAGAUCAGUUCUUGAAGCUACACCCAUGCCUACCUCUGAACACAAGAAUAGGGAUAGUAGGAGCUGGUCCAGGUGGCCUAUCUGCUGCUUAUGCACUAGCCAAGCUUGGUUACAACAAUGUCACUGUGUUGGAGAAGUAUCACACUGUUGGUGGCAUGUGUGAAUCAGUUGAAAUUGAAGGGAAGAUUUACGAUCUGGGUGGCCAGGUGCUUGCAGCCAACAGUGCACCAGUUAUCUUCCAUUUGGCGAAAGAGACUGGGUCUGAAUUUGAAGAAAUGGACUCCCACAAGCUUGCACUGAUUAACAGUUCUACAGGAAAAUAUCAGGACAUCAAAGUUGCAGAUGAUUACGUCUCUGUGAUCUCACUGACCUUGGAACUUCAGGAUAGGGCAAAGGUUUCUGGUCGAUUUGGAAUUCAUGCUGUUAGUGAGUUUGCUUCAGAUUUGACUCCAAGUUAUCUUGAGGCCCACGGAUUUAAAUGCGUUCCUCAAUCCGUGGCUUAUGGAUAUACUGCUUCUGGUUAUGGAUUUGUACAAGACAUGCCCUAUGCAUUUGUUCAUGAGUUCACUAGAACCUCCAUGGCUGGAAAAAUACGACGACUUAAAGGUGGAUACACGAGUCUUUGGCAGAAGAUACGUGAAUCUCUUCCUGUGGAAAUCCUCUGCAACACUGAAGUAUUGGCAGUUAGGCGCAAUUCAGUAAAUGUCACUGUUAAUGCCAAAGAUAUUAAUGGGGAAACCAAAAUUUUUUAUUUUGAUAAAAUCAUCUUCACAGGUGCCUUUCCUUUCAAUAAUAGGAAAACUUACCUAGCAGCACCUUCAAACUCUACAGACCACUGUGAAACUGGGGUGAUGGAUAUUGACCAGCUUGAGAAGGAGAUGUUCAGUAAAGUGGAAACAAUUGACUAUUACACAACUGUUUUGAAGAUUAAAGGACUAGAAGAUAUUCCAAUGGGCUUUUAUUAUUUUGGUGAAUAUAUGAAUGAUCCCACAACAGUUGGACAUCCAGUCGCGAUGCAGAAAUUCUUUUCUGAAACGGACAUUUUCUUGUUCUGGUCUUAUGGAAAUUCUGUUGAUGUUAAAAGGGCCUACUGUCACUGAGCGUGCAAUCAAUGCAGCUAAAUCUAUGGGAGGAGAAGUUCAGAAAGUGGUUUUACAACGACGAUUUAAGUAUUUUCCUCAUGUUGGUAGCCAAGGUAUGCUCCACGAGGUGCUUCUAUUUCUGAUGCUAGUCUAAGGAUG